CUUUUAGUAAACGCCGCGACAAGAAGAAACACCGCUGGCGCCAGCGUUAAUUUCCUUUUAACCGUCCGCCGUGAGCAUCGUGCGAGAGCUGCUGCUGAUGUGGGUACAGCUGUGAAAGGCCGGCGAAUCAAUUUCCCCCACCCCAGUACAACGCAGCAUCUACGGGUACCAUUUGUGAUUCGGCUUUUUUAUUGAUACCGUCGGCGCGACGUCAUUUAGGUCAUCCCGGCCGUGUACGGUAAAUAGCGAAUCAAUCGUUUUGUAUUAUUUCUUAAAACCACAUCAGGAGGCUGCUCACCGGAUUCCCAGAAACAACUGCGAUCGGCAAGGCUACUACCACCAAUCGAACAUCGACCGAUCAGCGAACGUUUGUGCCUGAACUGUGAAAUGUCGGAAAAAAAGCGACCAGUAUAUGUACAGUACCUGCUCGGUGGUCUUUCUGGCAUUGGAGCAACAUGCGUCGUACAGCCGCUGGAUUUGGUGAAAACCCGCAUGCAAAUCUCUGGCAUGGGUGGUGCGGCCAAGGAAUACAACAACACGUUCGAUGCGAUCGGUAAGAUCAUCCGCCGCGAGGGUCUAUUUGCAAUGUACAAGGGACUGAGCGCCGCAAUUAUGCGACAGGCCACCUACACAACGACCCGACUCGGUGUGUACACCUCACUCAACGAUACCUACAAACAAAAAACCAACAAAACGCCCAACUUACUGAUUUUGAUGGGCAUGGGCAUGACGGCGGGUGCCGUCGGAUCGUUUGUCGGCAAUCCUAGCGAACUGAUUCUGAUUCGAAUGACGGCCGACGGCCGACUACCGGUGGCAGAGCGACGUAACUAUACCGGUUUCUUUAACGCCCUAUUCCGCAUUGCCAGGGAGGAAGGUAUCCUAUCGCUUUGGCGUGGAUGUGUGCCAACGAUGGGCCGUGCAAUGGUGGUGAACGCUGCUCAGCUUGCUUCGUACUCCCAGGCCAAGGCUUACUUGGUGAGCUCGCAGCUCCUGCAGGAGGGCAUUGGUUUGCACUUCACUGCCAGUAUGAUUUCGGGACUUAUCACUACGGCCGCUUCCCUUCCAGUGGAUAUCGCCAAAACGAGAAUCCAAAACAUGAAGGUUGGCCCCGGUGAACAGCCUCCAUACAAGAGCACUAUAGAUGUGAUCGUUAAGGUAACCCGGCACGAAGGCAUUUUCGCACUUUGGAAAGGCUUCACUGCCUACUACGGUCGCCUGGGACCACACACGGUGCUAACGUUCAUCCUGCUGGAACAGAUGAACGGGCUCUACAAUAAGCAUAUCAUGGGCGUAGAGGGUUCCAAGUCCGGCCUCUAAUCUACCCCAGUGGGCUGUGCUCGGGAUGGUGCGAUACGCGCACAGCAACCAACCACACGCAGCAACCAACGCUGUGCAGCAUUUCGUUCGGUGGCAAUUGUAACUGUAUUUUGUACCCUUGUUGCUUGUAGCUUCCAUCCGGUCCGGCUAAUCCGGCUCAUAGUUAGGGCUUGCUUGUUGUAUUCCUAUUUGUUGUUUCCCUUUCAUUUUCACUUCCCCAAUGGUCCAAGGCCAAACACCUCUAAAACAAUGUUACAAUGUUGUUUGUGUGGCACAAAUAUUAGCUAGAUUUUUGCCGAUGCUGCCGCUAUUGCUUAAGACCUACUACCCUCUGGUGGGUCGUAAAAUUCACGGUCCCGUCGUACACUUUCUGGCAGUUGGCCAAAAAUGAGGCGACGACAGCAUCGGAGCGCCAUGCCUCACGCGGCGGCUCGUGCGGAUGUUGGCAACGAGCCAACAGUCCCAGCACUUGAUCUUGCGUAGAUGCAUCAGGAAUUUGAUCUUGUGUAAAAGCAAAUAACUGCAUAGGGAGGUCAUGGUGAGAUACAGAGGGAGAGAGAGAGAGAGGGAGAGUUUGUAACGAUUGUGACAAUAUGCGGGAUAGUUUUUAUUUUCUUUUAAGAAAUAAAACCACCAACCAUCGUGCGCCCGCAUAGGGUUCCGUUGUCCUGUUUUCAGGAACCAACAGUA